GGAGAAUGGAGGGAAGUGCUGCUGUGGGCUGUUUUCCUGCCUUGUUUCCUUCUGUCCUCUCAGACUCGUCCAGCACAAUAAGGGCCACUGGCUGCCAGCAUGAACACGCUGCUGUACACUCUGCUCUUACUGCUGCCCAGCAUUGCCACCUGGGGCUUCCUGAUCAUGCACACCAGUAAAGGUGUGUGUCUGACGGGGCAGGCGGGGGCGGUGCUGCUCAACAGGUGCAACCCAUCUGACCCAGAUCAGCACUGGUUCUGGACCAAGGAUAGAAAACUGACCCACCCCCAAACCUCCCACUGCCUGUGGGCAGACCUUAGCGCCCUCCCCAGGCAUGCACGGCUAGUGAAGCUUAGAGACUGCAGCAGUGCCUCCAUGUGGAAGUGUUAUGAUGAGUGGGGCACGUUUGGCCUAGACCACUUGCCCAUGUUCCUGAAGAAGCAAGGCACACGGGCAGUAAUCCGGACUGAGCCUAGAAACUCCAACUGGACCAUGUACACCAGGGGCUCGGCUGGCAGAAUGGAGCUAAUGUCCCUCUGUUCAGCUGCAGGUUCCGCUACAUUGUCCACUGGCAAGACCACUGCACAGAUGACCACAGUGAGUAUCCCUGUUACGAGUGGAUACAAAACAGUUACUCAUUCUGGACACACGGUCAGAACCAGGACCAAACGGACCAGCACUGGAGGUGCUGCACACAGUACAGGUACUACUGGCACUAUUGACAGAUUGGACACUGUACACACUUUCGACACUAUCGACAUUCGUGGCACUGUUAAAAACAUUGGCUCCGCAGUGACACUGGGCACCUUGGGCACUACAGGUGGUCUGGGAACUGUGGGCAUUACAGGUGGUCUGAGCACUACAGAUGGUCUGGGCACUGUGGGCACUAUAGGUGAUCUGAGCACUACAGGUGAUCUGGGCACUACAGGUGAUCUGGGCACUGUGGGCACUACAGGUGGUCUGGGCAAGGUGGGCACUACAGGUGGUCCUGGCACUGAGGGCACUACAGGUGGUCUGGGCACUGUGGGCACUACAGGUGGUCUGGGCACUGCGGGCACUGCAGCUAGUCUAGGCACUGUGGGCGCUACAGGUGGUCUGGGCACUGCUGGCACUACAGGUGGUCUGGGCACUGUGGGCGCUACAGGUGGUCUGGGCACUGCGGGCAAUACAGGUGGUCUGGGCACUACAGGUGGUCUGGGCACUGUGGGCGCUACAGGUGGUCUGGGCACUGCGGGCAAUACAGGUGGUCUGGGCACUACAGGUGGUCUGGGCACUGUGGGCACUACAGGUGGUCUGGGCACUGUGGGCACUACAGGUGGUCUGAGCACUACAAGCACUACAGACACUUUAGGCACUUCAGUCAUUUUGGACACUGUGGGCCAUACUGACACUCUGGGCACUUGGAGUGCUACAGGCACUUUGGGCACUACAGGUACUCUUGGCACCAGAGGCGCUGUGGACAUUGUGAAAACACUUAAUAAAGAUCAGUCAGCUUACACAGACCAACCCGGACCCCUUAUUACCAGUCACAGGACUGCAGGCGGGCAUGGAGCAGUUGGUCAUACAGCUUCCUGGCAAACGGAGCUCCCUGGCGAAUUGAGGGAGGACGUGAGGAACAUCACAAACUUACUGUCCUUGAACACCGACCCAACACACCAGAAUUUUCUGCUCCUCACCACGCUGGAUAUUACCCAUAUCCCCAGGGUGAGCCACGAUUCUAAAACUGCCCCUGUUUCUGUUACCAAUGACCCUCAGGUUGUGCGUUCGCUCACCAAACCGUCCACUCCUAAAACUCCUGCCUACACCACUGCCUCACAGCCAUCCACCGCUGCCCAGACUCUCCCAGCAUCCAGCCAUCAAUCUCAUACUAAAACCGCAGGUGAAGGUGAGAAAAAAUCAUGGACAGCUUUUCCUCCUCCACUCCUUGGAGUGCCAGACAACGAAACAGAUCUAAACCCACAUCAGAUUCCAGCUGGACCCCCCCCUGUCACCUCACACCAUGCCCAGACACCUGUACCUGCUACCAUCUACCACAACCCUACAGAUACCACUACUACUGCACCCUCCACCACCCUGUUCACCACCUCCAUCACCACGACUCCAAACACAUCCACCACCCCAGCUACAACCACAGAAGCCACCACAACCACAGGCACCACUACUGGUUCUCUGACUACAGCCCGUACCACAGCUCCAACUUCAACAGCGGCCCCUACCACACACCCCACCACCAUGCUUCAGCUGGACACAACAGUGGUGAAGUGUGUGGUGAACCUUCCCAAAGCUGUGGCUGGGACUGACCAGGCAGUGUUGAGUUUUUCUGCGCCCGGUGGUUUCUGCAUCUUCAGAGUCCUACUGCACAACGGCUGGUCAACAAACUGUACACACAACAGCCCACACACCAACACACACACCUGCACACUGCAGCAUUUAACACCAGGGACUUUCUACAGCGCCGAAAUCCUCUCUCAGACCGAUGGAGAACGUUUUAGCAUCUACUUCCAGACUGACCCUGGCCGCCCAGAAGGUUUGGCGGUCUUUCCGGAUUGGUCCACUAGCCUGGGGCUGCGGGUAGUGUGGCAGCGCUCCAGAGGUCACGUGGACUGGUAUGAGUUGGUUCUUUCAGAAGCUGGCACAGGGGGGGUUAGGAAGGCCAGGGUGGCGAGCAGUGCUGUUCCUACCAUUACCUUUACAAACCUUACCCCUGGAACUCGCUACACACUUCACCUAGUGGCCAGGACUGGGAACAGGACCUCUGCAGCCGUGACUGAGACCACAACCACAGCUCCAUCAGCAGUGAGCAGUCUGCAGGCAUCCGCCUCUUCCACUAGCAUUAGUGUCUCUUGGCAGCCAGGGCCAGGGCAAAGAGAGGCAUUUCGGGUAAUCCUGGGUCUUGGAGCUGAGCUGGUCCGAAGUCUGGUGUUUGGGAGUACAGUCACAUCCUGCGUCAUGUCUGACCUCACACCUGGGACCCUCUAUACUGUCAUCGUAGUUACUGAAGCACUUGGGAAAAAACAAAACGCAACCAGAGAAGUUUGGACAGCUCCCACUCCAGUCAGUGCACUGGUGCUGAACAACAACGGGAGUGAGGUCAGUCUGAAAGCCUCCUGGACUCCUGCGCUGGGUGGAGUGGACACAUAUCUGGUCAGCCUCUUCUCCUCCUCUUCCUCACCCUCCCAGCAGGUCACGCUCUUCCCCAACAUAACCUAUUGCCUCUUCACCGGACUUACACCUGGACAGGCCUAUCAGGUGACAGUGAGGACCAGGAGUGGACAGCUCAGUGCUGAAGUUACAGCAGUUGGAAGAACUGUGCCUGGCAGAGCUGUGCAGUUGAAGUUGGUAGGUCUGAGCGAUGAAAGGACUCUGAAGGUGAUGUGGGCACCCCCAGAGGGCGAGUGGCAGUAUUACCGGGUACUGCUGCUUGAUGGCUCCUCUGUGCUGGUGAACCGUACAGCAGGCAGGGCAGCGCUGAAGUUCAUAUUCUCCGGCCUGGACCUCGUCCCCGGCAGACUGUACACGGCUUGGGUCGCUGUGUGCAGUGGCUCUCUGACCACAACACAGUCCUGCCAGGGAAGGCUGGCUCCUCAGCCUGUUAAUCAGCUGCAGAUACGCAGUGGGGAGAAAUCUCUGCGCGCCCAGUGGCACCCCCCUCUGGGGGAGUGGGACAGCUACACUGUCCAACUGAAAGGUGGACAUGAAAAGGGGGAAAGAAGGUCCCUGAGCAAAGACAUGAAAGAGUGCAGCUUCAGUGACCUUACACCUGGACACCAGUAUAUCGUAACCGUGGUAACAAACAUUGGAGAGCUGAACAGCUCCACCUCCACCACAGCACAUACCUUCCCAGCAGGUGUGCAGGUGCUGAACGUGAGUAAUAAUGGUUGGACUGAUGCCUUGCAGGCGAGCUGGGAGAAAGCAGCGGGAGAAAUAGACUCAUAUCGUCUGCUGCUCAUCCAUGACAGCAUCAUUAUCAAGAAUGAGAGCGCCCAUGCACUUGCCUUUUCACAUCACUUUCAGUCUCUCAAAUCUGGCACCCUGUACAGGGUGGUAGUGACCACAGUGCGCAGUGGCAUGUCCUCCAGACAGACAGUGGCAGAGGGACGUACAGUGCCCGCUGCGGUGCGAGAGGUCUUGGUCAGUAAUAACGGGAGGACAGACUUCCUUAGUGUUUCGUGGAGGCCUGCUCUGGGUGAGGUGGACAAUUACCUGGUCACCCUGAGCGACCGGGAGAGGACUGUUCAUGCACUAACUGUGUCCAAGUCCAGCCCAGAGUGUGUGUUCAAGUCUUUGGUGUCCGGACGACUAUACAACAUCUCAGUAACCUCCCGCAGUGGAAUGUACCAGAACCACACAGUGGUCCAGCAUCGAACACAGCCGUCCACAGUUCUGACCCCAACUGCUACCCACAUGGCUCGGGAUGACUCUCUGAAAGUGUACUGGCGCCACGCAGCUGGAGAUUUUGACUAUUACCAGGUGUCGAUCAAACACAACAACCUAUUCCACCAGAACUGCACAGUACCUGGUUCUCAAAACGAGUGCGUGUUCAGCGGCCUGGUGCCAGGGCGACUCUACACAGUCAUCGUUAGCACAUGGAGUGGAAAGUACGAGUCCAGUGUUUCCACACAUGGACGCACCUUACCUGCGGUGGUGCGAAACCUGACAUUAGCUGGAAGUGGUACUGAGGAACUGAGGCUCACUUGGACAUCAGCACUUGGUGAUGUGGAUCAUUAUGAAGUUCAGCUUCUCUUUAACGACAUGAAGGUGUUGCCCCCAAUCACACUAGGCAGCACCACCACCCACUAUGUACUCUCCUCUCUUACACCCGGACGCCUCUACAAGAUUGUGGUUUCCACCUUCAGUGGACCCAACCUCAGCACGCAGUACAUUGAAGGCAGGACAGUUCCUAGUAAAGUAAAAAAUAUCCACAUUAGUAAUGAGGGUCAGAGCAGCAGCCUGCGGGUCAGCUGGACUCCGGGUCAGGGCGAUGUGGACAGUUACUGCGUGUCCUUCUCUGGUCCAGGGCUGAAGCAGGAUGUCCGUCCUGUUCCUAAAAGAGUGAACGAAAUCAUCUUACACUCGCUGCAGCCAGGACAGCAAUACAGCAUCACUGUCCAGUCAAUCAGUGGGUCACUCAUAAACAACAGCACCGUCACCGCCCGCACAGUUCCCUCCUCCGUAGUGUCUCUGCAGGCAGAGGGGGGUGUGAGUGUGUCUAGUGUGUUGGUGAGUUGGCGUAAAGGUUUGGGUGUGUGUGAUGGGUUCAGUGUGGUGCUGCAGGAUGAACGAGGCUUGAUUUUGGCCAACACCACAAAACCGGGGGGCACACACCAGCAAAUCUUUACACACCUCACUCCAGGCAAGAAGUACCACAUCUUCGUACACACACUCAGCGGGGGCAUCCGGAGUGCUGCAGCUGCAGCCGACACACGCACACGUCCAGCAUCCGUUUCUGACCUGUCUGUACAGAGUAGCUCCUCCAGCAGCCUGGUGCUGUCCUGGUCUGCUCCGGAGGGGGAGUUUGAUGGGUUUGAUGUUUUCCUCUACACAAACGUUGAGGUUCUGCAGGAUCAACAGAGUGGGGGGACCUCCAUGAUGAGCUGCUCAUUCACCAGCUUGACCCCUGGUACGGCUUACAGGGUGGUGGUUUUGACCCGCAGUGGUCAAUACACCAACCAGUCCUUCAUCUGGACCAGGACAGUUCCGGCGACAGUGGGGGCGCUGCGUGUGGAGAGCAGGAACAGUACGGGCUCUCUGUGGGUCAGCUGGGAGAGGGCAGCCGGUGAAGUCAGCAGAUACUCACUCUCACUCUACAACCAGGACCAGUCCCAGCAGGCCACAUGCAGCCUAGGUCCAGAGGUGAAAGGUCACGCUUUCACUAAUCUGGUCCCUGGUCGCCUCUAUUCUGCCAUCAUCCACACGCAGAGUGGAGAACUCACCACCAUGACAACCACCAAGGGCAGGACAGACCCAAAGCCACCGUUAUCCUUUUCGCACAGAGGAGUCACCAACACAACUGUGGAAAUGACGUGGAACAGUCCAGAGGGGACAGAAUAUGAUGACUUUGACCUGCAGUGGACUCCCAGCGACCAGUUAUCUGUGUUUAACCCAUACCACAGCCGCACCUCCAGCAGCAGACUGCUGAAAGGCCUUUACCCCGGCCGGCUGUACCGCUUCAGCUUGCGCACCAUCAGUAGCUCUGGAGGACACCCAGCCUACAGCCAGCCCAUCUACCAGAGCAUUCGUACCAAGCCUCAGAGGAUUCAGAAUCUUCACUGCCGGCCCUUUAGCUCCACCGCUAUCUCCUGCUCGUGGAGCCCACCUGAGACUGACUAUGACUCUUAUACUAUUGAGUGUUCACGGCAGGAUGUCCCUACACUGGUGUACUCCCAACGAACGGCACGUGACACCACCCUGUACCAUAUCACCAAGCUCGAACCGCACCGGCGUUACAGCAUUUCCCUUAGGGUCAUCUCCGACACAAUGACCAGCGAGGCAGCCGAGGACAGUGUGGUCACCAUGAUUGACCGACCCCCGCUGCCCCCCCUCUCCACCCGAGUCAGCGAGAUGACUGCAUACGUCACCAAAUCCUCCAUUUUCUUCCGCUUCAACUGCAGCUGGUUCAGUGAUGCUAACGGGGCCGUGAAGUUCUUUACCAUCAUUGUGACAGAGUCAGCAGACAGUGAAGAUGUUCAGCCAGAACAGUGCCACCCACUGCCCUCUUACUGGGAUUACAAAAUCAACAGCACUGUUAAGACAUAUCAGACCAAAUACUUCCACAGUAACUGUGGGGAGGGCCCCGAGAGUGCAACCCAGGGGUUCAGCAUUGAUCUGGGAACAGGUAUGGACAUCCUCGGGGGCAGUUGUGACCACAGACUCACUAAAAACAUUCCCAGAGACCAGCCAGCAUUCUGCGACGGUCCGCUGAAACCCCGGACUGCAUACAGGUUGAGUGUCCGGGCGUUUACUCAGCUGUCUGAUGAAGAUCAGGGCGAGUCUUCAUCUCCUCUCUUCACUGAUACUUACAUGUCCCUGCCCUUCCUCACAGACACAGAACCUGGUGGGGGCGUCAUUGAGGGAAUUAGUGCUGGGUUUUUUCUGAUUGCGUCUGUGGUGGGGCUUGCUGUGCUUCUGAUCUACAGACAAAAAGUUCAUAAAGUUGUUCAGGAGCCAGUGGUGCAAAUGAAUGUGAGGAGAGAAAGACAAAUCCAAACUGGGCUGCAUUCCACUAUCAGGGGGAAUCGGCGGAUAUCCAGCCCUAUUAAACUGUUGCAGUUUGAGGCUCACCUCACAAAACUGCAGGCAGACUCAAAUUAUCUGCUUUCACAGGAAUAUGAGGAUCUGAAGGAUGUUGGUCGGAACCAGCCGCUAGACGUUGCAUUACUGCCGGAGAACCGCGGAAAAAAUCGCUACAAUAACAUCCUACCAUAUGAUUCCACACGAGUCAAACUCUCCUGUGUAGAUGAUGACCUCUGUUCAGAUUACAUCAAUGCCAGUUACAUUCCUGGGAAUAACUUCAGGCGGGAGUAUAUUGGCACCCAGGGACCGCUCCCCGGCACCAAGGACGACUUUUGGAAGAUGGUUUGGGAGCAGAAUGUACACAACAUAGUCAUGGUGACACAGUGUGUGGAGAAAGGAAGGGUAAAAUGUGAUCACUAUUGGCCGUUUGAUCAGGACCCUCUGUAUUAUGAAGACCUGAUCGUCCAAAUGCUCUCUGAGUCCGUUCUCCCUGAGUGGACCAUCCGGGAAUUUAAAAUCUGCAGUGAAGACCAGCUAAACUAUUCCAGAAUCGUACGACAUUUCCACUACACAGUAUGGCCAGACCACGGCGUUCCAGAGACCACCCAGUCUCUGAUACAGUUUGUACGGACCACACGUGAUUACAUUAACAGGACCCCUGGCUCUGGACCCACUGUGGUCCACUGCAGGUGAGAGUAUGGAUGAAUUUCAGACUUUAUAUUGAUCAAUUAAUCAUAGAUUUAAAUGAGACCGUUUAAUUAAGCCUGAAUAAUUUAAAUAAUUUUCAAAUAAUUGAAAAUUAUUUAAAUGCAAAUAUUAAAAGCAAUGUUUGAAGUAUUUUACAAUGUUAAAUUCUGUAGUACUUUCUCCUGUAACACAACACUCAGAAUUAAUUUCUGUUUGUUCCAUAUUUUAAUGUUGUAGUUUGUUUCUUUGCAGUCGAUUUGACAAUACAUUUAAGCAAGUGGUUAUUAGUAAGCAGUUACUAAAGCCCUAGUCAAUAGAAAUCUGUUAAUGUAUGCUUUGAGCUUUGAGAAACUGUAUAAAUGUGUAAGGUUUGUAAAUUAGUUGAAAACUGUUGCUCCAAAUUAUGAGUUACUUGUUGAUUAACACUAUAUAUUAAUAGUCGAUGCCUAAAGUGGUAAUAAAUGUUUAACGGUCACGUGUCAAUUACA